AUGACAAGCAUAGACGCGUUCGGCAACCUCGAGCACCGAAUGGAUGCGUUCCAGCAAGACGUGGCCCAGGUGCUGUCCCGCCAACAAGACCACGCGCGCCAGCAACUGCAGCGUUUCCAAGAGGAAAUGCGCCACUUGCACGGCCAGCAUCAGAACCUCGUUGACGAACUGCAACGGCUUGCCGCCCAGCGCACAGCUCUGCAGCAGCAGAUUCGCGCGGCCGAGCAGGCCACCAGCACCACCAGAGAGCAGUGGCGAGGAUACCACGAGCGCGAGGGCGAGCUGUCUAGACGGCAGCUGACACUGGCGGCUCAGUCGCGCGAGCUGGACUCGCUGCUGCAACAGCGCGGCGCGGAGU